AUUGACUGACACACACACAUCAUAGAAUAGAAGAGGACAUUCAAGCUGCUCUUUGUACUUUUCUCCUACUAGUGAGGAUGUGCUUCACCAUAUAAUAUAUUUUCUGAAAUAUUCUAUCCAUUUAAAAUUUUGAUAUAAUUAAAUUGCAUUUUAAUUAACUUGGGUUACGAAUGACGGGGAACUAGUAGCCACACACACGCACGUUUGAGAAGACAUUUCCUUUAAUCUUGUUUUGUAAAACUGACUGAAAAACCACCAAAAAGCCUUCAGAGGACAUUAAAGCUUUUGUGGGUCAACAGGAGGACAAAAGGUUAAGGCUCCACCCCCUUGAAGAUGUCCAACAGUACAGUUUGCCCUCCCCAGAAGCUGCACCCCUCCCUCCCCUGGCUGAUGGUGGUCUUCUACCUGGGCGGCUUCCUGCUCAACGGUGUGAGCUUGUUUCUGUUCCGCUCUCGGGCCAUGAAGUGGAACUCGGGCGUGGUGCUGCAGUUUAACCUGGCCAUAAGCGACAUGCUGGUGACCCCGGCUGCCCCACUCAUAGUGCUCUACUCCCUGUGGGACGACUGGCCGUUUGGGGUGUUCCUGUGCCAGCUCAAGGUGUUCCUGCUCAGCGUGCACAUGUACGGAGGCAUCUGCUUCCUGACGCUCAUCAGCAUUCACCGCUGUUCCACCGUGGCCCGGCACCGGGGCACCUCCCAGUCUCGCAUGGCCAACCCUCAGUACGUCCAGCGGCUGUGCGUGGCCGUGUGGGUGGGGCUUCUGCUCCAGGGCCUGCCCUUCUUUGGGCUGCUGGAUACCUGGGUGGACGGCACGGACAACACCACCAAGUGCCUGAACAUUCACCAGCCCAACAUGAGGGAGCUGUUCUUCGCCUAUAACCUGGCCGUGCUGGUGGUCGGUGUGCUGCUGCCGUUCUGCAUUUUCGGGGCCUGCUACGCCUGGCUGGGCAUCUUCCUGUCCCUGGUGAAGGCCCAGGGGGCGGACAUGAAGGGUCGUGCUGCCCGGGUCAUCGCCGCCUGCAUGUUCAUCUUCACGCUCUGCUACGUACCGCUGCACGUCACGCGCACGGUGGGCGUGACCGUGGCCCUCUUUCACCCUAGCCAGUGUGCGCUGCUGAGUCGCACCGAGGACUGGUACUACGCCAGCUUCACCGUCUCCACCGCCAACUGCUGCCUGGACCCGCUGCUCUACUGCUUCUCCUCCCGCCGUUUUCGGCAGGCCCUGGGCGAGACGCUGCACGACGUGAGGAAGGUCAGAAUACUGCGGAGCCUCUGCCGGCAGAGUGCAGAGAGGGAGGAGUGCGCCGACAAACCAAACAGCAAAGUAGAUACAGGAACAUCAGAUAGCGUUCUUUAGAGAGACCUGUAAGUUAGGCAGGGAUGACAGCAGACAAGGUGGGCAACAAGGAGAAGUUGGGCGGCAAGCUUUCCGAGGACAAGGAGGCCAUCGAGAAGGCGGUGGAGGAGAAGAUCGAGUGGCUGGAGGCGCACCAGGAAGCGGACCUGGAGGACUUCCAGGCCAAGAAGAAGGAGCUGGAGGAGGUGUGGAGGAGCCGCUCAAUGGCGCCCUCUCUGAUUUGCUCCCCCCCCAGCCCUCGUCUCUCUAGAAAAGGGCCACAGGUGUACAUAUCGGACUCAUUGAACUGUAGCGUAACUAUGUAACUAUGUUCUCUGUUCAAAAUUAUUUAUUAAAAUAAAUCUGGUCAUUCUGGAUAAUUGUAGGGAACCUUGGAAAUAAAUGUUUGAUACAAA